UUCAUGCUGAAAUUUUUGGAAGAAAUCUAUGUUUUAUAGUUGCAAUAUUCCUGUGGCCUUAGAAAGGGAAACUCAGUAUCGAUUGCCGUGGCAAGCAAAUGCUAUACAUAGCUUGCUGACUAACAGUUGAUACGGUUUCCUUGUAAUGUUUCCAGAUGUCUUUCUUGCAGUACAUCUCAACAGUGAAGCUAUACUUGGUGUAGCAGGUUUCUUGUGCACCUCCUCUUGUGAGCAUGCCAUCAGUCCCAAGUUUGUUCAUCCAAUGAAGGACUGAGACAGAGUAGUUGAAGUGUGUAACUGAUGUGACUAUAAAUACAUGCCUAUCGUAACUUGUAAGGAAUCUGCGAAUUAUUUUUCUAGGGUUCACAUUUGUGAAACAAAUGGCACCCAAUCCAAGAGUUGCAGCAGCCUAUCGUGCAAUGACUGUUCUUGGCAUUAAGGAAGUAAAAGUGAAACCAGUAUUGAAGCAACUUCUUAAACUGUAUGACAAGAACUGGGAACUUAUUGAACAAGAGAACUAUAGAGUUCUUGCAGAUGCUAUAUUUGAGCAGGAGGAAAAAGAGUUGCAGGGAAAGAGGACAAAAAACCAGAACAAUGAUGAAGGAGAAAUGGAGGAUGAAGAAGCUCAAAUGCAGGAUGAACCGGUGCGACCUUUGAAGAGGCUGCGUUUAAGAGGCCAAGAGAAUCAGGCUUCUCAUCCUCUGAGUAUUUGUGGAACCAGCUCAGCUGCCUCCCCAUCUAAAAUGCCUAAAGUAGAAGAUGAAUUGCCUGAUAGUUGUUCCAAUAGAAAUGCAGAGACUGGCAUUCGCCCUGUUCCAGUGCGAGAUAGUAGUGUUGACAAGGGAAAGCAACCUUUAUCACCUCAAACUGCUCCUGGGGGAAGAAGACUUCGAUCUGAAAAAGCAUCUCCGUCUGUAUCAUUUAAGGAACCUCCAGCUGAACAGAGAAUUGUGCCAUUACAGAAAAACCAGUUGCCCUAUACUCUUGCAUUAAUCAAGCCUAAAGAUGAGCCUGUUGAUGAACUGGUAGAUUAUGAUGCUCCCAGUGCAGCAAUUCAUCCUGAACUGCCUGGUGGAAGAGAUCCUCCAAUGCGGCAUGAUGCAACUAGAAAACAAGACAAGAAUGGUCCUUUAAUAUCAAAAUGCCGAGAUGAAGGUAGAGGGAAAGGUAUUCGAGAUUCAUCAAAUGAAGUGAACCAUGAGGUUGCAACAAACCAAGAAUCUUCUACCAUUGAGAUAGCCUCCUCAACGUCAGGAGAGGUAAAAAUUACUAUGAGCUGCAGUUCAGCACUUGGGAGAUCAGAUUUUCGUUUGCCUUGUCGAGAUCGGCUUUUAAAAAUGAUGGAGGAUAAAUGUCUGCAAUCAUAUAAUAUCACUGACCCAAAUUUUUCUAUCAUGAAACUUUUGAGAGAUAUGUGUGACUGCGUGCUGGAAUUCAGAACUGAUUCAAAUGAUGACUCACAGGAAGGAUCUGAAAUGAUGCCAUCAAGUCUAAAUGUGUUGAAGGAAUCUAAGGCAUGUGAUGCUCUGAUUAUCAGAGGCAAUACAGAAGAUUUAGGAUUGCAUUCUGGCAUGUCAAAUGGAUCAAUCAACAUUCAGUCUUCUUCUGCACUUGCUGCAUCUUGCAUUUCCCCUUCUUCCCCGCUUUUGAGUGGUACGAAUGAUGCUGUACUAGUCACCAAGAAGGUCAGAAGUGAUUUUCCAGAGUGUGAUGGUGGAAAGGGGCUGGAGGAUCCUAUAUCACCACAUUCAGGCAGUUUGGUGGUUAUUCAACAGCAUCAGCUUACUCCCGAUGAUCUAAGGUCUCUUCAUGGUGCUGAUGACCUUUCAAAAGGAGAAGAAAAUCUAAGAAUUCCAUGGGUGAAUGAAAUAACGAAUGAUUUCCCUCCACCUUUUCACUAUCUGCACCAAAGCGUUGGUUUCAAAGAUGCCUAUGUUAACUGGUGUCUUUCAAACAUCAAAUGUGAGGAUUACUGUUCAACUUGUUUGGGCGAUUGUCUUCUGUCCCCAACAUCUUGUGUUUGUGCAAAUAAAAUUGGGGGUGGAUAUGCUUACACAUCUGAAGGGCUACUGAAUGAAAAAUUCUUGGAAGAGUGUAUUACCAUUAGCCGCAAUCCUCAACAACAUCAGUCCUAUUGUAAAAUCUGCCCCCUUGAAAGAGCAAAGAACGAUGAUUGUUUAGAACCAUGUAAAGGACACUUAAAGAGAAAGUUUAUCAAAGAAUGUUGGGUAAAAUGUGGUUGUGUGAAACAGUGUGGCAAUAGGGUUGUCCAACGAGGAAUCACAUUCAAAUUGCAGGUGUUUUUUACUUCAGAAAGAAAAGGAUGGGGUCUUCGUACCUUAGAGGAGCUUCCAAAAGGUGCAUUUGUGUGUGAGUUUGUGGGAGAAAUAUUAACCAUCAAAGAGUUGCAUGAGAGGAACAUGCAAUGUGCCCAAAAUGAAACGUACACAUACCCAGUUCUAUUAGAUGCAGGUUGGGAUUCAGGAGUUGUAAAUGAUAAAGAAGCUCUUUGCUUGGAUUCAGCAUCUUAUGGGAAUAUUGCCAGGUUUAUAAACCACAGAUGUUUGGAUGCAAAUUUGAUUGAGAUCCCAGUUGAAGUUGAAACCUCAGACCAUCGCUACUUUCAUCUUGCCUUCUUCACAUCCAGGAAAGUGGCUGCACUGGAAGAGCUAACUUGGGAUUAUGGCAUUGACUUUGAUGACAAUGAGGGUCCUGUCAAGCCUUUCUCUUGCAGAUGUGGCAGCAAAUUCUGCAGGAAGAUGAAGCGAUCAAAUAGAUCCAAUAGAUCUGCGUCGAUUGCAUGAUAACUGUGCCCCUAAACUAAUAUUGACGCCACACUCUUGCCCACCGCGAAUAGGAACGAGACCCAAUUUGAUUAAUUGGGUUUGUUUCUCUGUUGAUGUUGGAGUUCGGAAGCAAUUGCAUUGUACAGUGUUUUUUUUCCCCCGAAAAAGAAUCUAUCUUUGCGCGGCAAAUAAUUAGGCAGUAGUGUGUCGUCGUUUUGUUACCGCAGCAUCCAGUAGGGGCUGGUUUCACAGUGGAGGGUUGUUCUGUUAUUCCUUGUUUGUGCCUAAUUACAUGUGGUAGACCUGAUAUUAAGAAGAUCCUUUUGGCAAUUUCUUCGCGGGGUGCAUAAAACAGUUGAGGAACAUUGCCGCCUUUGUUUUUUUUUUUUCUCUCUCAGAGGAACAUUACCCUAAUCAAUGCAAUUCUAAGUACACAAGAUGUUUUGUUGUU